UUAGGCAAAGAAAUGCGUAAUCGCGUGUAAGCUUUGGCUAUCAUCAUUUUAUCGAACAUUUCAAGAGAGAGAAGAGAGAGGGAUCAUUUGUUCAUCGCCCGUUUUCUGAAACACGUCGACGGAGAAGGGGCAGCCUGUUCGGAAAAUUCGCAGAUCUCAGAGCAAAGAAUUGAGUUGAAUUCAAGUGUCAGAGGAGGAAGAAGGAGACACGAUUAGAAGGAAACAGAUAUGUUGCCCACUGCUUCCAGAGGGCGCUCCUCGUCCUCUUCAUCUCGAGCUAAUCCCAUGUAUUUACAGUACCUUCGCCGAAUUGUCAAGUGGCAACAAAUGGACAUCGAAUAUACAUUCUGGCAAAUGCUUCAUCUAUGCACUUCACCAAAAGUUGUUUAUCAGCAUACCAAGUAUCACAAGCAAACUAAGAAUCAAUGGGCACGUGAUGAUCCUGCUUUUGUUGUGAUCUGCAGUCUUCUUUUGACAGUUGCAACUUUGGCUUACUGUGCUGCAUAUGAUCAUAGUGCAGCACAUGCCACUUUUGUAGUUAUUUCAGUACUGCUCUUCCAUUUGCUAAUAACUGGGGCGAUUUUGGCUACUUGUUGUUGGUUACUAACAAAUGCUUACCUUCGGGAAGAGACACCAGGCAGUCAUGUAGUUGAGCAACGGGUUGAAUGGCUCUAUGCAUUUGAUGUGCACUGCAAUUCUUUCUUCCCAAUGUUUGUUUUGCUUUACGUGAUCCAUUACUUUAUAUCACCGCUUCUGGUGGCUCAUGGCUUCAUCCCAUUAUUGCUAUCAAAUAUGCUUUUCAUGAUUGGGGCUUCAUACUACCAUUACGUCAACUUUUUAGGUUAUGAUGUACUGCCAUUUUUGGAGAAAACUACUUUCUUCCUCUAUCCAAUUGGUGUGGUCUUUGUCCUCACUCCAAUCUUUAUCUUGAUUGGCUUCAACCCUUCAAGAUACUUCAUGAACAUGUACUUUAGUCAGAACUUAUAAUCUCAGGUUAUGGCUUCGGCUACAGCUUACCUUGAGGCAGGAUUGAUAGAUCAAAGAUUUCAUCGACAGAAACUGAUGACUGCAUUUAUUUUUCACUUGCAUCUUGAAAGAAAUGAGGAAGUUCUCGUUACAGCCUCGGUUGCUGAAUUUUUCAGGCCUUUUGACGAGCGAUAUCAGGAAUUUUAGGGUAGGAUCUUGGCAUCUUGUGCAUCACGGCUGCAAGUGAGUUAACGCGGCUGAAUUUUUGAUGAAAUAGAUCUGUUGAAUGUAAUGAUUUUACCUGAUACAUUUUGUUUGCAAUUUACACAAAAACACUUGAAUUUUUUUUUCUUCUUCCAAUUCCAUCAGGCUUCCUGAACAUGUAUGUAUCUGCAGAUGUGUUUGUUAAUGUGCAGAGACCAUUUAUUUAGAUCUUGGCAAAGGUCUCUAAACUGCUGUAUUCCCUUCGCCAUC